GAUGAGAUAGAACAGAUAGAUAGAGCCAUGCUUGAAGUGGAUCAGCUGCAGCUGGUGCGACGCCUUACGAUCGAGCUCGUGAGACAUGUCCGAAUUCUGGGCGGUGAAAGCGUCCCCACCACCACAGGUGGCAUGUCGAGCGUGCGGCAAAUGAUGGCUGGAACUAGAAUAAGCGAUUCCAGUCCAUACGAGUCGCCCACAGAAGGAGUGAUGUCCGUUUCUCCUCCUCGACCGUCGACCUCGAGAACUCCAGAAGCACAGCCCGGCGGAAGUAGUACUUCUGCAGGACAGCCACCUGCUAGGUCUAGAGCAAACCAAAGGAAGACAUACCCUCCUUCGAGAAUGUUACGGUUAGCGAGACAGUGUCGGAGACCAUCAAUGUGGCAUUUCUUUUCAAGACGGUAUAACAGAAACGCCCGACCGCCGAAUCCGCCUACACCUUGGCCUCCUGUAAGGCUCCCUCCAGCUACAGACUCGUCCAGUUCUACAUCCCAGACCACUUCAAACCACGCCGUUAUUGAUUCUAGUAGAAUGUCUCUGAUGACGAGGCGGUUAGAACAGCUACUGGUUGAGCAAAUGCGGAUUUUCAUUAACAACGAACCCCCAAGACCUCCUUCCAGGUCGGUCUCCACUAUCGAUCUCGGAGAGCACAUUCUAGCAUUGAGGUUGCACGGAUGCGUUCUAAGAGUGAACAGAGUUCUUGGCAAUAGCGUCGGUUCAAAUAUGAUCGGCAACUUUCGCGCUGACCCCACUGCGGCUGUAACCCAGGACGGAAUGGGUCGCUAUGGAGCUAGACACCUUUUGAGCCUUAUAAUUGACAGCAUGAGUAGGCAUGUCGAAGAACUGGGAACGUCCAACAACAUCCAGCAUGAUACCCAGAUGCAAAUACAAGGCAUUCUGGCGAUGUCUCUGUUGCUCACUGAACUACUUUUACUUAUUGUUGUCGAUUCCAUUCCACCUCCGAUGAACAGCGUUCCAGAGAGAUCGACGCUCACCUCGAGGAUUGACCAAUUGUGUGGUCAGAUGUUACAAAAUAGAAAAAGCAAGGUCAAAGUUGUAGUAAAGAAUAUCAUGAAAGUUUUUAUAUUAGGUUCGUUCCAACCUUGA